AUGGAAUUGCUGCCUGGGGCAGCAAUACUGUUGGUUCUCUUUCUGCUCACACUCUGGGCCUUCAGGUUUCUCCAAAGAAGAAGCAAACUCCCUCCUGGCCCUACACCCUGGCUCUUUCUGGGGAAUCUACUGCAAAAAGAUGUUCUGCCUCUAUAUAAAACCUAUGCAAAGCUCACUAAGAAGUAUGGUCCAGUUUUUACUAUCUGGUUAGGAGCAAAGCCGAUGAUUGUGAUUUGCGGAUACGAAGCAGUGAAAGAUGCCUUGGUAACUCAUAAUGAAGAAUUUGGUGGACGACCACCUAUAGUUGUCUUUGAUCAUGUAACCAAAGGCUAUGGUGUUAUUGGCAAACAUGAGAAUUGGAAGACUCUGCGUCGCUUUACUAUUUCCACCCUACGGAACUUUGGAAUGGGAAAGAGGUCGAUGGCUGAGCGGAUAUUGGAAGAAGCUCACUGUUUAGUGGGGAGGAUAUCAACCUUUGAAGGUCAGUCCUUUGACAUAAUCCCAGUCAUCACAGCUGCUGUUGGUAAUGUGAUGUGUUCUGUUAUCUUUGGAAAUCGAUACUCUUAUGAAGAUAAAAACUUCAUUGAGCUAUUGGAAAUUGUGAAGGCAUUCACAAGUUUCUUUCUGAGCAUUCCUGGAGUGAUAUACAGUGCUUUGCCAAAUAUCAUGAACUUCCUUCCUGGACCUCAUAAGAAAGUCUUCUCUGACUGUAAUAAGACCUUCAAUUUCAUUAGGAAUAAUAUGGAUGCUCACAAGAAGACCCUGGAUUCAGAAAAUCCUAGAGACUUUAUUGAUUGCUUCCUUCUUAAAUUAAAAAAGGAACAAGGUUCCUCUCUUCUCUGUAUUGAAGACUUGGUCAUGUCUGUGUUUCAGCUCUUCCUUGCUGGGACUGAGAGCACAACCAGUGCCAUCUCAUAUGGCCUUAUCCUUCUGGCUAGGUUCCCACAUGUUCAAGCAAAAGCCCAGCAGGAAAUUGAUGAGCUUGUGGGAGCAAACCGUGCCCUCUGCAUGGAGGAUAGGAUGAAGCUGUCCUAUACCAGUGCAGUUCUUCAUGAGAUUAUACGUUUUCAGCAAGGGGCCAAUGAGACCUUCCCACGUAUGACAACCCAGGAUGUGAAUUUCAGGGGACACUUCAUUCCUCAGGGCACAAUUGUUCUUCCAUUGUGGGUUUCAAUGCAUUUUGAUCCUCUCUGCUGGGAAGAUCCUGAGAAGUUUGAUCCAGGUCAUUUCUUGAAUGAGAAGGGUGAAUUCCAAAAGAACAAUGCCUACUUGCCUUUCUCUGCAGGGAAGAGAUCAUGUCCAGGAGAGGGAAUGGCUGAUAUGGAAAUCUUCCUGCUCCUUACCAUUUUGCUCCAGCAUUUCACUUUUGAACUUAUUUUAGAUCCUGAAGAUAUAAACUUAGAGACCUUGUUUAUGGACCUUAGGAAGAACGGAAAGCAUCGUUAUCUAAGAGCCAUCAAACGUGACAUUUAA